CUUAUUUAGUUCGUAAUUUGCAAUCAUAAAGUGAUCCUCAUUUCUUAGUAAUGGCGGACCAGCCAACGAAUGAAGCACAGGACGAGAAGUCAUUUUGUGAUGUUUGUGGACAGAGUCCAGCCCGUACGUGUUAUUCAAGUUAUGCCCACCUUUGCAGUGAACAUUAUGGAGAACAAAAGGACAAGCAACAGCCUGUGGAGAAUAAUGAAAAUUCCGAAUGGUUCUGUAGAAAGUGUAAUGAGUCCGCAGUAUUUCAACAACAUUGUCAUUAUAGGGCUGACGACUCUAAGGCAUUAUAUGCUGUCUUAAAGGAGAAGAUUUUCCUCGAAAAUAAGGAGCUGAAAGAAAACAUUAAGCCCUUCCUUCAAAAAGAACUAGAUGUUAUUUCCAAACAGCGAUUAGAGAUUGAGACCGCCUACAAAACAGCUAAAGAACUUUUGGAGACUUGUGAACGUCUUUUACUCGAGCAAGUAAAAAGUGCAGCCAAAUAUUUAGCUAAUGCUCUCCAAGGAAAGGAAGAUGAACAAAUAAAUCGUAUCGAACACCUUCAGAAAGUUAUCGAAAGAAAAGUAGAUGAUUUGGAAAGCCUAAUACAAAAAAAUUCAAAUUUGCUGAGCUCAGACGACAAAUCUAUUUAUUGUCUAUUUGAAUCAAAAAUUGCCGAUUUUCGCACGCAUCCUGAAUUAAAACAAUUGAACGGCUUAGAAAAACCCGAAUUCAAACCAAAUUUACUAGUCCAUGAAACUUUUCCUCAUUUUAUAGGAGAAUUUAUUUAUCAGGGUACAGAAAACCACAUCAGCCAAUUUGAUAUCAGAACGGAUAAUUUUGAAAUAGUUAAAAAGCAUCUUCAACAGCAUCCAAUUGUUUUGAAGGUUUUGCAGAGUAGCUCACCGACACAAGGUUCGUUUGAUUUUGCUACUGUCAGUCCUAGUCGAGUUCUGACGAGUGGGGCUGAAAAACGGGUCCACAUGUUGGAUGCUACCAUGAGAGAUGGCAGCCUUCAGACAUAUAAAGUAUCAUGCGAAAGUCCCUAUAUUGCUUUCUCAUCUUCUCGAGGGAUUUAUUAUAGCCACAGAACAGACGACCAAAGAAGUACCAUAAAGACAAUUGAAAAUAUGAAUUCAAACGAAAUAGAUACGGUUUUAUGGUUUUUUGAUGUUGAACUCCGAGGACUAGCAUUUAACUCAUUCGGUCACCUCCUUGUUUGUGUGUGCAGUAAAAAAGAUAAACGUUCUUUCGUCGAGCGCUACGACAGAAAUAUAAUAAAGGUCCAGGAAAUUGAGCACAAUGGUGACAAGCCACUGUACAAGAAACCUUCCUUUGUGUGCUGCAAUAGGAAUGGUGACGUCUGUGUAGCAGACCACGGACUGAAUGCCGUCAUUGUUGUUGACCAGUUUGGGGUCUUCCAGUUCUCGUACCGGGGCCAAAACGAAAACUCUUUCCGACCAUAUAGUUUGGCCACCGACCAUUUGUGUAACAUUGUGAUCACAGACAACGUUAACCACAAGAUUCACCUGCUGGAUAAAUAUGGAGAGUUUCUGACGUUCCUGAUGACAGAGCCUACAAUCGUAACACCGGGAGCCGUAGUUAUCGACAGGAAAGGGAAGCUUUGGAUCGGGGAAUCAAUGAGCGGGAAAGUACACGUGAUUAAAUAUUUGGGGGGAAACUCAGUGAAAACUCCUGUACAAAGACCCUACGCAUUAACAGUCGGUGCUAUAAUCAGGUCUAGCACAGCCACUAGAUUAAGCAAAGUAGUUUAAUCAAAUACCCACAUAGCUUUAAUAACCUACCUACAUCUUGUAAAGGAAGUUAAUGUAGCUACUUAAUCAACUUUCCUAUAAGAGCAUUUGUACAAAAAGUCGCACUUUGUUGCGGUUUUUACCUUUGAAAUGAUCUGAAGACAAUUUAUAAAAUAGCCCUUAGAAAUUUUGCUCCCUAGGGCAAAUGCAGUCAAAGUUCUUAAAGCUCUGAGGCUGUGAAUAACUGUUGAUGUGUUACCUAACGACUACUUCUUCACAAAAUACCAAAGAAAAAACAGUUCUGGAUAACAUGACAAUGGUUUGAUACUAAUUCAACACAAUGUGCGGAAAUCACACUUAUCUAUGCCUCAUCGCACACAAGGUUGUUACUCAAAUAAUGGAUAAAACUACUUUUAAAAUACAACAAUGAUUUA